AAAAAAAGAAAAUAAAGAUAAAGAACCCUCAUUUGUCAUUAGUCUCAUUUUGAAUAUUAUCAAUUAUCAUUGAGAUUGAUAUUAUCUUGUUAAUCUGUUGUUAUUGUUCCAGUAGGUCUACGAAUAUUAUUCUUGUAGUUAAUCACAAAGUUUUGUUUACCUCCAAGUUAAUCAUCCUUAAUUGCAUAAGUUUACUUGCUUAACUUAAUUGACUGUUUGAAUACUGAAAUGGGAUACAACUCCAAAUCAGAACUCCGAGGCUCUUGGAUGAGAGGGAGCAUCGGUAUUAUCAUCCUUAUUUUCAGUAUUGGAAUUCUGGUAAAAAAUGAAAUAUCCUCUGUUAUGUGACAAGAAACGUUUGAAAACAUAACAAGAUUGAUUGUAGAUGUUGGCUUCAACAGAUUACCUGAUUCUGGUAAUAAUGGAAAGUUGAUUUACUUGAAAGGUCGCAUUGAAGUCAAUGAACCUCUCACAGAACCCGAGUAUGGAGUCACUAUCGCUGCCGUCAAACUCAAAAGACGAGUUCAGAUGUUCCAGUGGGUUGAAGUGCAGGAAGAAAAAUCUCAGUGGUGGGGCUAUGAUACAGACUCUUACAACCCCAUAGUUUACACUACUGCUUGGCGCGAUCGAUUAGUUGACAGCACAUUAUUCGCUAAACCUUUUGGUCAUGCAAAUCCUAAAACGUUCCCAUUGGAGAGUAGUGUGAGUGUGAGCGAGAUAGUUCAUGUGGGAGGCUACACACUCAGCGACGAGCUUAAAGACCACUUUACUACCUACACACUUCUCACAAGUGAUCAAAGACCUGAGCGAAGAGAUAUCAAAAUGCACUCAGGUCUCUACUAUCAUUCUUUUGAUGUGUGGAACCCAGAGGUCGGAGACACGAGGGUUCAGCUAUCAUAUACGGGAGCAUCUGACAGUAUGAUCACAAUUCUGGCUGAACAAGAUGGCUCCACUCUACGGCCCUUCGUUGCAGCCGGCGAAGAUCUGACAGUAGUUGUGGAAGGUGAACUUCCUCUCUCGGAUAUCCUGGCCAUCAAGUUUCCAUCAUCAGGUGUUUGGUUGAUCCGAAUCUCAGUAUAUUUUGGCAUAUAUUGCGGCUACUCUACUCUCAGCUUCAUCGUAGGUAGACAGAGCCGGCUAUUGCAAGCGUUCGUUCACAACAACAAGGCGUUCCUUUGCCAGAUUCUUUCUGCAGCCACCUUCUUCACUGUCAUGGCGUUUGCCUGGCUGCCAUUCAGACCAGUUCUUGGAUCAGUCAAUCUACUUAUAGCAGCAAUCUUGGUGCUAUAUUUGGUUAUCAAAGGUUAUUCUCUGUACUACUACUUCAACCGUUGACUUCAUAUCCCCUUUAGGUGGUCUGAAAAAUACCAAAUGAUCUGUGCCCAUUAUACCUGACAAAGACAAACGUCAAGAUAAAGGAAUGAAGGUUUUGCAUCCAUGUUACAUCCAUAUGUAAUAUAAUAUAUUACCUAUGGAGCAGGAAGAGGACAUGGUCUACAAGUUGUGCCAUCUAAAUUUGAAAGACGUACUGUGGACAAGACUGAAUGUUGAAAACAUGUUUUGGGACCGAGUUGACAAAUUUGUAACUGACCACCCUAAAUGGAACAACAACUACAGUGUACAUAACUGUGUGUACAUGUAACAUAUUGCCUAUGUGUAACAUUGUGUGAUGUAAAACUUCAUAAAAUUUUAUACAUUGAUUAGGUUUAGAAAUAAAAGCUGUC